AUGCCAAAGGACGUAUGGCUGGCUAAUUUGGAUACACAAGAAGCUUUGAGUACACUGCCAUCGAUUACGAGCAAUCCAACCCUGGAUUUGGCACUUCAUCAGGUUAAUCAGCUGUUCCGGAAUCCCUCGACAAAAACUGUAACCGGUUACAACCCGCUAGCUUUUAUCUCAGAUGAGGCUUCCACGAGUGUUGCUACACGUGUGUCAAUGGUUCUUUUCUUGCUCACCAAAAACAUUUUGGGUGGCUUGUCAGAAUAUACUCGCACACUUCGUCUCUAUCCACGUCCAGUAGUAGCAUUUCAGUUUGAACGUUUCAUGCGUUCUCGACCUCGACCAUGUCUGUUUACCAGCAUGUUAGCCAAAACACAAGCUGUCGAGUUCUUCGCCGAAUAUAGCCUAUGUUCCCAGAAUGAAGCGUUUCAACGAAUCGAAGCUGGCGAUUACACCCCAGAGUUGAUUGGAGAUAAAGCGGAAUGGUUCAGCAGUUUACUGCAGGCAGUUUAUUUUGACGUGUGGCCUGAUACGGUUGUUGGUUCACCGUCUCCUUGCAAUCAGUCGAAUACAUACCCCGGCAGUCCGCUCCUCUACGCGCUUGUAGCCGCCCGUUUGCAAUAUAAUAGUCAGUUUAUCAACUUCGAUGAUCCGGAUGCUAGUGGCCUGUCUGUGAGCGAUCUCAGGUCGGACGGGAUGCGGGAUGAUUUGUCCGACUAUCCAACAGAACCACAGAACAAACUGAUCGUGACUAAAGGUGUGCGUCCGGAUACUGAUAUACCUGGCACUAUAGGACGGGAUAGUGACCCCACACCUAUGGAACAAAUAUUUGUCCGCGCUGGGGAACCGUUGCCACCUUCGUUAGCCGAUUACUUUAAUCCACCACUGAAACCGGUUGUUGAGGCACAAUCCCCGAUAGGGGUUAAUGGAGCUGCUAUGCGGACUUCCAUCAUGCAAAAAGAUGAUAUAUCUGCCGAUGAUGUAGAACUGGAGAAGGACAGUACCAAUUCAACCAUGUCUGACACCCCAUCGGACUCAUCUCGACCAUUCAAGCCUACGAGUCCAUCAACCGGACAGACGCUGCGCGCCCUGGUUAAAAUGUCCACAAACAUGUUCAAUACAUCGCCUAAUCGAGAACUGGACGGUGAAAACCCUAAUCAGAGUGUUCUGUCAGAUGGUCGAAUCAACUGGAACGCUUCGGUAUUUGUGCUGCUAUCAGAGCUGUUGCGUUCAAACGGUGUGGAUCAAUCUGCGGAGUUGACGCGAGCUCUCAAUAAACGAAAUCUGUUACUGGCUCGAUUGAACUUGAACAAUGCCAAUACUACUAGCGGUGCGGACAGCUCCGUCUCUCAAUCACACAUGACCGAUGUGCCGGUUGAUUCAUGGAGCCAGUACAAGGCACUGGUUUGGGUUCUGCGUCAGAUCGCUCAGGGGCUGGAAGUCAGUCUGCGAUCUGAGGUGUUCAUACCCACCCAAGCGAACGUGCAUUCGGAAGCCUAUAUGUCUGGCCGAGUUCGUUCCCCGGUCACAAACGAUGACGCCUUUCGUGGUGGCCUUGCGUCUGCCUUUGUGCUUCUGGAAAUCGCGCACACACAUUACUAUCAAUUGCCUGAGCGCAAUGGGCGCACGUUUCUCACAAUGGGUCGUGCCUCUGUGACCACACUAGAUAUGGGAAAGUUGAGCCAAACGAAUUCACGCCCGGCUUCUCCGGCUCCAUCAGAACAGGGACAAGGUAACAGAAAGAAAAAAUACAGUAUGUCUUUGGAGAGCGAAGAAAAUAUCGUUGUCCAUCCUGAGGGCACCAGUGAAGCGGUUCCGGAUGGUCAAGCAUUUUCGACCCGAUUUCCCAUUUUGCUUCAAAACUUCUGGAACAAGGCGACCACAUCUGAAAUCACCGAGACAUGGUGCGAGAUACGACGUCAGUUGCACGAAUCCUCUUCCAAACUAAGCACAGCUACAUCAUCUUUCUAUAAUACUGUCUCUCUGCUGCAUCGUGCCGGAAUAGCUGAUUCGGAUGGAGAUUCGCUCACUCCACACCCUCCUGAUCUUACACGGUCUUUGCGCAUCCGAACGACAAGUUUGACUUCCAGUCCUGAUGGGCGACCUCUUCGCACCUCACACGCGGACUCACCCAACGGGGCACAGAAACGGCUUUUGUCUGUCCGGCCGCCACAAGCACGACGUACUCGUGCAUCGGAGUCACGCACUCCGCGUCAGGAAAUUCUCGAUUCAAGUGAUUCGAACACCGUAUUUGAAUUUCCAGCCGAUCCGAGUGCUCUGCGUUCACGGACCCCGGAACCUUACAGUUCGACUCGAUCCCCUCGGCUGGACGAUAUGGACAGUGCCAAUUUGACCACUAACAAAAGUUCACAAAGUCGCGGUUAUCGAUAUCGUCGCUCCCACUUGCUUGCACCGAAUAACGCAAACCCCGAGGAUGCUCGACGCAUUUCCCCCGAUCGUAGACAUCGUCGCUCACUGGGUGAUGUGCAAUACAUGCGCUGGAACGAACUGUCAAACGGGGAUAAUAAUACUAAUAAACCUAUAGAAAAUCGGAUCAAAGUUGGUCGGACUUUUGUGUUUGAGGAUUUGACCAGUGGUGCUCAAACACGUUCUCGAUUGUGGGACAAUUUGCAAUUUUGGGAGGAUGCAUUCCUCGAUGCAGUCGCUCAGGAACGGGAUAUGCUUGGCAUGGACUUCCGACCGACAGAAUUGCUUGCGCGUUACAAUCUUGCCUCUCCGCUUAAACGAAAGCACUCUGAGUUGGAAGAGGAUCGUCUGCUUGCCGGUCUCAUGCACAAUCUGAUCGCAUUUAUGGAUGCCCAAUCGAACUUCUGA